AUGGACUCUGAAAAAGACUCCAGGGUAUCUGUCCAAAUUAACGAUGUCGUCUCAGAUCUCGGAGAUUACACACAUGUGGACCAAACAGUCAGGCGGCUGAAGGUGUGGACCAUCGGCACCGCUCUCUUCGUUCAGAUCGGCUACGUGCUUCCACAUGGAGGGCCCGGAAGCUUCCUACUAGCAUUCGUGUUCUGGUCCACUGUGAUGAUGGCAAUUAACAACUGCCUGGCUGAAAUGGUUUCUUGGAUCCCCAUCUCGUCUCCUUUCAUAUGCUUCGCUGACCAAUUUGUCGAUCCUGCCCGGGGGUUCUGCGCCGGAAUAAACUUCUUUCUGUACCCUGCGAUACUAGUUCCUUUCGAGAUCACAGCGUUCGAGCUGGUGAUCCAUUUUUGGACGGAAAAGAUUCCGACCGCUGUUGUAAUUGAGGUGGUCCUUGCAUGUUACGUAGCACUGAAUGUCUUUGUUGUUCGAUUCUACGGCGAAUACCAGAAGACCAGGUCUACCGGACGUCUUCUAGGCUUUUUGAGUUGCCUAUUUCAGGCGGUCUUUACGAUGUGUGGUCCAGAAUUUGUGUCCAAUACCGCGGGAGAGGCUGAGAACCCAAGGACAACCCUACCUCGGACGUUCAAAGGCGUCUACACCCGCGUCACGAUAUUUUUCAUCCUUGGGGCCCUCUCUGUCGGCAUACUUCUUCCAUACUCAGACUCGAAUUUGCAACUUGCCUUGUCAGACCCGAAACCCGGCGCCGGCUCCUCUCCAUAUGUCAUCGCGAUGCAGAAUAUGAGCAUCCCCGUGCUCCCUCACGUCGUCAAUGCUCUGAUCAUGUUGUCGAUAUUCUCCGCUGGGAAUAGUUAUGUCUUCUGUGCCAGUCGCGCCUUAUAUGACAUGGCGCUGCAAAGCAGAUUGCCUGGUUUCUUGACGAGAUGCACACGGAACGGUGUUCCGAUAUACUGCGUCGGAGUAACUAUGCUCAUUGCUUUAUUGGCUUUCUUGCAGGUAUUGAAUGGUACAGCCAAGGUUCUUGAAUGGUUCGUCAGCCUCACAGCGGCGACACAAGUCAUCAACUACGCUAUUGUAUCAUUCACAUAUUUGAGAUUUUAUUAUGCUCAGGGAAUACCCCGAAGUAGCCUACCAUUCUGUGGACCACUCCAGCCAUUCUGCGACUACUACGCCUUAGCUCUCACCCUCAUAAUGCCGUUCAUAUCGGGCUACUCGGUCUUCAUGGCCGGCAACUGGGACACCACAAUAUUCUUCUUUUCUUAUACUAUCAUUGGCGUUCUUCCUAUUUUAUUCGUUAUCUGGAAAGUACUACAUCGUACGCUGCUCAUUCCACCAAAGGAAGUUACCUUCUUCGAAGACGAGAGGAUAAUGAUAGAUGACUAUGAAACUUCCUUUGUUAGUGAAAAAAGCAAGACGGCCGGGCUUGAAAGGUGGAUAAUCGGGUGA